GGGGAGCCGGGCUAAGCCCAGAUCCCUGCCUGAGAAGUGCCCUGUCAUGCCGCUUGCUCUCCAGCAGCUGCUGGCAGCCUCUUCCUGACACCCGAUUACAGCACAGGGCCCGCUGAUCACUGAGCCGAUGCUGCGACAAGCUGGUUUCCCUUUGGAUUAUCACUGGCCCUGCAUCGUGUAUUCUCCAGCCACUCUAAUGCGCCAGGCAUUGUGAGAAUCUAAUCGCUUACGCGCUGGGCACCCAGCUGCAGCGAGCCGUGACCAGAGCCUGGGAAGCCGGUACAGGGACUGCACCCAGCCAGGUCUCUGACUCCUCUCCUGUGAUGUGUUCUCCCAGCCCUGCCCGCAGCCCACCAACCUUCCAUGUAGCGCCAGCCUGGCUGAGUUCCUGAAGAGCACUCUCAAGAAUGGAUAGUCCACCCAAGCUGGCAGGAGAAACACUGAUUGUCCAUCACAUUCCCCUGGUUCAUUGCCAGGUCCCCGACCGACAGUGCUGCAGUGGAAGCAAGAGGACCAAUCCCUUCUGCCAGCCAGACCUGGGCAUCACGCGGACCGCCUCUCUGCCGGAGCGGGACCUCUUGCAGGCAGACUCCCUGGUGUACAGCAGCUUGCUGCAGGCCUCGGACGCGCCGGCAGAGGCUGCAGAAGACAAAGAGAGCAAAGCGCGAGACUCGGUCAUCCCCGGCAUCACGACACGGCACAAUCCCUUCCUCCUGGGCGACAGUGAGGGGCAUGGUCUCCUCAGCGACAGCACGGGCCAGAAGUCCUUCCGCCUACACAGCUCCAUGGUGGCCGGCAAGCCGGCCUUCCAGCUGCAUGAGCUGCCGCCCUUCCACCUCCAUGACGCCGGCCACGUGGUGAAGCCCUGGAGCAUGGCCAGCAGGUCCGGCGUGGUGGACGGGCAAGAGGACAAACGCACAAGCGCCGAUGUCCAGAAGAGGAACAACGCUGACUACUGCCUGCUGGCCUCGGAGCGCAUGGAGCUGGACGAAUGCAGCUGCCAGCGCGGGAGCUUCUCCUUCGAGGGCGGCGACCAGGACUGGAACAAUGGCUCUGACGAGUCAGGGAGGAACCUGGCCGCCCCGCACAGCCGGACCUGCAGCUGUUCCAGCACGGAGCUGCUGCCCUGCCGGUGCUACAGCACGUCCAGCCAGUCUGAGACCGGGGACCAGCAGAUGGGGUACAUCAGCGACUCUUCCUGCAACAGCUCGGACGGGGUUCUGGUGAACUUCAGUGCCCUCUACAACAAAAUGAACGGCCAUUCUCGCUCCAACUUGAACUCUGCCAACUUGUCCUGUGACUCUUCCUUCUGCAGCCACUCGGACGCUGGAGCCUUUUACCUGGAUCUGCAUUCGUCACCCACGGAAUCCAAGAUGUCUUGUGAAUCACACAACCCGGAGAGCUCGGGAAAAGUGUGUGGGUGCCACCACCCGUCUUCGCCCGUCUUAGAUGCCAACUGCAACUCCUACCACCUGCACUGCGAGCCGUGCACUUCAGAGAGCUCAGACCUCACCGCUUGCUUCCAGAGCCAAGCCCGGCUCGUGGUGGCCACCCAGAACUAUUAUAAACUAGUCACAUGUGACUUGUCUUCCCAGUCGUCACCUAGCCCUGCGGGCUCUUCCAUAACCAGCUGCUCUGAAGAUCACACCAAAGGGAGUCCUGUCCAGCCCUCAGAGUACUACUUGUUUAGAAGGCCUGAUGCUAAGCCGGAGGAGAGCGAUGGGGAAUGCUUCAUGGCGGAGACCAAGGGCGAAGCUGUGAAAAACAUGAUUGAGGGGCAAGUGUAUGUCAACAUAUCCCCGCCUAACCUAAACGCUGGCCGGCCACGCUCCAGGAGCUACGAUCGGAACCUGGACCGGAGCCCCACGAGCAGGCUGGGCUCCCUGGAGCGCAUGAUGAGUUGUCCGGUCAAGCUGAGCGAGAGCCCAGCUCUAACGAUCCAGAGCUUGCCCCCGAAGCGGGUGACUUCCUUUGCCGAGCUGGCGAAAGGCAGGAAAAAGAACGGCUCCUCCCCACCGCUCAGAACCAGCGGUGACUCUUCCUUGGAGUUCUCGCCCAUCCCCGAGUUCCAGCGGGACUGCCCAGGGCUUCUCGAGGACAGAGCUCGACGCUGCCAGAGUCUCCCGCCCAUGCCCUUUGGUCAUUGCCUGAACCGGAGCUGCGAGGGCUCCCGUGUGGAGCACAGGCUCGGGGACGGCCCGAGGGCGUGUUCCAGCAAAGACUCAGGCGCCAACGGGCCUGAGGCAGCCGAGCAGGCCUCUCUCUCUCUGCUGAUGGAGGCUGGUGCCAGCUUCUCAGGCAGCCCUGCCAGUGGGCACGGACAACGCGAUGUUAGAGCCAGAGCGGAUGGUGGCGGUGCGGACAGCAAGGCCGUGGUGCGCUACAGCAAGGAGCAGCGCCCCACCACCCUGCCCAUCCAGCCCUUCGUCUUCCAGCACCACUUCAGCAAGCAGCCCAAGGCCCGGGCCCUGCACAGCCACUUCGCUGCCAGCCUGGCCCAGCUCUACGGCGCCUCCAGCAGCCGGCCCGCCAGUCAGCAGCCCUCCUCCAACUCCCGGUCCUCCACCUCGGCGGAGCAGCCCGGGGCCGCGGGGGGCCCCGCGCACGGCGCGCUCCUGGCCCAGCGCUCGGCGGACGGAGCCGCCUCCCUUAGCGAUGGCUACGCCAAGAAGCCGGCCCCGGAGAGCACCCGGCCGUCCCCCCUGGGGAGCUACUCUCCGGUGUGCAGCAUGGCCCCUUUCUUCCAGAGCCUGGACUCCUCCUCCGGCUCACCCACCCCGGAGAGAGCCGGCGAGAGCCACCCUCCCCGCAGCAGGUCCUGCCCACUCUCUGCCAACCUGCUUCCCACCAGGGCCUCCCCCGCGGCAGGCGCCGCGCUGCCCGCCCAGGCUGAUGCCCUGCACCGCCAGGAGAGCCCCCGGCCAGGCCCCAGGAAGGAGGCACCAUUGGAGCAGAGCACGCGGGUCUCUGAGUACCGACUCCAUGGCGGCUCCCUCCCGCCUCUGGCAUCCGAGGGGGCGAGUGCGAGCCGAGCGGGGGGCCCUGCGGAGCUCCACUGGACAGGCACCAGUGAGGCUGGAAGUUCGGGGUCGCUGAGCAGUGUGGGCACGCGGCCCCUCAAUGCAAACCACCUCUCCCCUCAAGCGCUGAAGUGGCGGGAGUACAGGCGGAGGAACCCCCUGGGCCUGGACCGCGGCUCGGGGGUGGCUGGGUUAGCAGGCAGCCUGGACAGGAGGCAGCAGGAGCCCCAGCUCGCCCGGAGGAACCCCAUCUUUGAGUUCCCUGGUUCCCUCAACACCGGCCACGUUCACGGCAGGCUGAAUGGCCCUGCAGGUCAGCCUGUGAAACAGCUCCAGCUGGGCUACGCCGACUUCUUCCCGGAGUACUUCUCGCUGGCAGAGAAGCCGCCGGCUGAGUUCUGCCUCUCCCCGGACGGCAACACGGAGUCCAUCUCCAUCGACCUGCUGCAGAAGAAAGGGCUGGUGAAGGCCAUCAACACGGCCGUGGAUCUGAUUGUGGCUCACUUCGGAUCAAGCCGGGAUCCGGGGGUGAAGGCCAAGCUCGGGAACAGCUCGGUGAGCCCCAACGUGGGGCACCUCAUCCUGAAAUACCUGUGCCCGGCCAUCCGGGACAUCCUGAGCGACGGGCUCAAGGCCUACGUCCUGGACGUGAUCAUCGGCCAGCGGAAGAACACCCCCUGGAGCGUGGUGGAGGCGUCCACCCAGCUAGGCCCCUCCACCAAGGUGCUGCACGGCCUCCACAGCAGGAUCAGCCAGUUCGCCGAGCUGACCAGCCACAGCAUGAGGUUCAACGCAUUCAUCUUCGGCCUUCUCAAUGUCCGGUCUCUGGAGUUCUGGUUCAAUCACCUGUAUAACCAUGAAGACAUCAUCCUGGUGCACUACCAGCCGGUGGGCUUCCUGUGCCUGUCGCACGGCGUGUGCCAGGCCCUGUUUGAGGAGCUGCUGCUCCUGCUCCAGCCUCUGUCCCUGCUGCCCUUCAGCCUGGACCUGCUCUUCGAGCACCACCUGCUGCAGAUGGGCAGGGAGCAGCAGCAGCGGAAGGAGCUGCUGCGGGUCAAGCAGGACCUGCUGCUCUCCGUGCACUCCACCCUGCAGCUGAUGCGCUCCCGGGGCAGCACCGAGGAGCCGGCCGGCUGGAGCGCCGCCCCGGAGCAGGGCCCGGGGAGCGCCGGGGACGAGCGGCCGUCUGCAGGCCAGGGCCAGGAGGGAGCGGCGUGGGAACGGGUCAAGGGGGUGGGCGCCUCCUGCGGAGACGGCGCCAGGGAGGAGGAGCAGAGGAAGGCGAAGGAGAGCGCCUGGGAGGGGAAAAAGGACAAGCAGGCCGGCUGGUGGUACCAGCUCAUGCAGAGCUCCCAGGUUUACAUCGAGGGCUCGGCCGAGGGCUCCAAGUUCAUCCGCCCCGAGAAGAAGAAGCAGAAGGCGCCAGGAGCUGCGCCCAGGCUGGCCGAGGGCGGGAAGGCGCCCCCUCCCCGCGAGGGCGUGGUGGAGGGGGCGGAGGCCUGCCCUGUCGCCGAGGGGGCUGUGGAGGAGAAGCCCAAAGCUGCGGCAGAGCCCGGGGAGAAGCCAGGCGAGGCCAGCGAGCGGAGCUGGCCCUCCUGGAUGGGGAGCCCCCCGGACUCGGUUCUAGCAGAGCUGAAGCGCAGCAAGGAGAAGGAAAAUGGGGCUCCCCACAGACAGGAGGUGGUCGCGCCCCCCGUGGCGGAGAGCAGCCCUGGGCCCCCCGACGGCAGCCAGCCCACCAAGUGGGGACACCUGUUCGGGGCUAGGAAAAUGCAGAAGGAGGCCAGGCAGCCCAACAGGUUACCCUCUGGCUGGCUGACCCUGGACAGGUCCAUGUUCCAGCUCAUGGCCCAGACGGUGGGGGCAGGAAUGUGGAGAGAGGCGGCCCCUGAGCCCGAGCGACCGCAGGCGGAGCUGCCCAACGAGCCCCCUGAACAGGAGCUAGCUGGGGGGCUGCCCCCCCAAAUCCCCUGCGAGGUGAAAGCGCUUUGCCAUCACAUUGCCACCGAGGCGGGCCAGCUGAGCUUCACCAAAGGGGCCGUCCUGCGCGUGCUGGCCAAGGUGGACAGCGACUGGCUGCAGUGUGGGCUGGGCUCGCAGAGCGGGCUGGUGCCCAUCAUGUACGUCACCCACCCGGCGGACGAGGACUACUGACGGGGCCGGGACGCCGCGCCCAGGACCACGGGGGGGACAGACGCCGCUUCUCGCUAGUCCGUACCGUGCCCGCCCUGCCGGACAUCCCGUAACCCCGGGGGCGCCUCGCCCGCCCCAGGCACCUGCCACGGCUGCUGCGUCCCGGGGGACCCCGCGCCAGGCGCCACCGUGCAUGCAGCCCCCCCAGGGACUCGCCCGUCACCCCGCUCCGUCUCCGGCCCUGCAUGCCCUGGCCCCCUAUGUAGCAGGACUCCAGGCGGCGUCGCUCUGCAGCAGGGGCUGCCCAGCCGAGGACCCUGAUGGGCUGGGGGCGCGCGGGCUCCCGGCUCCCGGACUGGGCAGGGGCUGGCCGCAGGAGACUACAGCCCCCAGCAUGCACUGCUCCGGCUCCGUCAGCGCCCGCUGGCCCACCGCGUGCGGGCAGGGCCUCUGCUCUGCAGGCCGCCCCCUUGUGGCGUCAGGCGGCAUUGCCGAGCUCAGGCCCCUUUUGCUCGGGAGCAGGGGCUCUCGGCCCGGGCCCGAUCAGCGCACGGCUGCGGCCCCUGUGACAUCCUCAGGGCCAUACAGGGGGGCUGUAUUGUGUGGCGGGGCCCAGGGGGGACACACGGCAGCUCGGCUGUGGAGCCUGUGCGGGUCCCGCAGCAUGCAUUGUACCCAGCCCGUCGCCAGGGCGGCGCCAGCCCCGGGUCCCGGCCAGCGGCCUGGCACUGCCACGCCACGGGGCCGCCUGCGUCUAGGCCAACGCCAGUCAGUGUUAGAGGGGGAUGAGCCCCUAGGGGGUUAGUUCCAGCCCUGUGCAGACACAGCGCUGCGGGGUGCAUGCGCCCCCCCCAUCUGCUGCUCCAGCCAUGGGGCGCUGCCUGGGGAGGGGCAGUGGCACAAGGCCAUUCCCAGCAGGUGGGGGGGAGGGGCAGUGCCCCCAGCAGGGGCGGUUGGGGGGCACUCCCAGCAUGGCAGGGCAAGGGGCAGGCUGUAUGAUUCAGGCAGGGCCCUGCCUGCGGCUGAGUUCCCAGCCGUGCCGUGGGGGAGGGAGAGCAGGGCCUGGGCCCCCAGCAGGAGGCGCCACUGUCAGUUAACCCUUGUCUUGCCAUGCUCACCCCAUUCCCAGGGCGGGCACGUGGGCAGUGCCAGGCAGCAGGCAGUAUUAGUGCGAGGCUGUGCCAGUAUUUGUUGCCAGGAUGGUGCUGGUGUCUGGGCAGCGUGAUGCCCGGGCUGGCUCCCCCGGGGCCAGGGGCCCGCGUCUCGCCAGGUUCCCACCUGCUUGUACAUCGCUCGCGGCCGCUGCGCCCUGUGUGCCGUGGCCAUUCCCGGAGGGGCGGGGCCGACUUUAUUUAUUUAUUUAUGAGGCAUAUUAAUAAAAAAGGUGCUGACCCAG